ACAAUACACUAUCCCGUUUCCGACCCUCUGGCGGGAAAUUUUUCGCGCGAAAUACGACGAGCGCGUCUUUGUACGCGGCCUUUUUUUUGCGGGAAACGGCGGGACAUUUCGGCUCUGGAGGACUUUUAAAUCGCAGCCAUCCGAUCCCUUUAAGGCCACCUCGAGCCUUUAUUCCGUACCGAUCAGCUAUGUUGAUCCAUCUGCUUUCCGAAUCAUGACUGAGUUCUAAAAUACGGACACUAAAUCCUGGAUUUCGACUUUGAUUUCUCGAGGGAUGUUCCCUGGGUAGCGGAAGCGAAAGGCGUACCGCACACACCUGGGGCGCGUCUUGGGAUGCCGGCAACGUCGCGCAGGGCGAUGAUGAUCUCGGCCCGGCAAGCGACCACGCUUCAUCAGGAGAUCCCGAGCAGCAGCGGGAGCUUCAAGACUCCGAUCGCCAAGGAGGCAGGUGGUUCUAGGCGAUCCCACAUCGGACCGGGCCAAGUGCCGGCGGCGAUCACCAUGGACGAAUACGGACAGACUCCGGACCACUUUUAUUUGGCCAGAAACCCACCCAAGCCCCCCGCACAGCGGAACCAGGUGAAACGCAGACUAGACAUGGAGUCGCCGGGGCCGGACCACCCCAUCUUCAAAGCGCCCCCCGCCAAAAAAGGGCGUCCUCCAGGACCAAAUUCCAGCCGCCUAAAAGUGGGCAAGAUUCCCCUUGAGCGAAACCGGUACGACACUUCCCUGGGCCUGCUCACCAAGAAGUUUGUGAGCCUGCUAAAGGGAGCAACAGACGGGGUGGUCGACCUCAACAAGGCGUCGGAGCUGCUUGGCGUUCAAAAGAGGCGGAUCUAUGACAUCACAAACGUCCUUGAAGGGGUGGGGCUUAUCGAGAAGAAGUCCAAGAAUAACAUCCGGUGGAGGGAAGGCAAGAAUGCGGCGGCUUUCCUCCGAACUCAGCAGAGUCUCCAGGCGGAGCUCGAUCAGCUUGAGUGCAAGGAGAACAACCUGGACCAGCUCAUAUUGAGGGCCACCAUCGACUUGAACCUAAUCACGGAGCGCCAAGACAAAAAGUGCGCCUAUGUGACCUACCGCGACCUGAGAAGCAUCCCCUCCCUUGCCGACCAGACAGUCAUUGCGGUCAAGGCACCGCCAGAAACCAGGUUAGAAGUCCCCGACCCCCAGAAGAACCUUCAAAUCUGGCUCAAGAGCGAGAAAGGUGAAAUCGAGGUGUACCUCUCCAAUCCAGAGGAGUCAUCCAUUGAGGACGACUCCGUCGCUUCUACCUCAGCGCCGUCCUCUUCUAGCUGUGCCAUCGGCUUGGUGGAAGAGCCGUGCUCUACGGGGAGCUUCAAAGGUGACCCGACCCUGAAGCACGCCCUCAUUUCGGAAGAGGACGACCUCGCGCCGAUGGGCAAGAACUUUCUCCUUCAGACCGAAGACCAGUACGAGCCCUUCCUGCACUUGGAGCCCCCGCUGUCCGAAGACGACUACAACUUCACACUAGACAAAGCGGAAGGCAUCGCCGACUUGUUCGACGACUACGAAAUGUUUAUCUCGGAGAUGUGCGCUAAAUGAUGACACCGUUGUGGUGUGGCACACCACGCCUUGUACAUAUAGUUGUAACCGUUCUUCAGAGGUGGUGCCGCUGACUGCUCAAGCGAUGCGUUCUAGCAUCCAGCCGUGCCUCCUAGGCAGUCUCGCCAUCGUCACUCCGCCGCCGAAUUUCGCCCAGAAGUACAAAGACAAAACUGAAGAAGAGAGUGAAAAAGUAAGGAAAAUGUCGCCGGCUUCAAGUGAUGGGAGGGGAUGAAGGGGGGGUGAGAUCCGGUGACAUUACCGAUGUUGUUUCCAUUGUUUUACAUGCCAUGUUUUGUUGGGUUAGUGCCACGUUCUCAGUGCCACAGUUGCACGUUGUUGGUUUGGCUCUCUUAGUGAGAAAUGGAAGAAAAAUCAAACUAGCUACCACUUUUAAACUUGCGGGACAUUUAUUUUUUCUCGAGACUAACCGUCGAAAGACCACCUCUACUAUGUGCUCGUUUUACUCUUAGCGUUAUCUAUUGUUACCUUUUUUCGUGCAAAUACUUUUUAGUUCUUAUAUUUAUAGAUGACACCAGACCGCUUUUUUUUUUCCAACGCCUUGUUGCAAACUGGCUGGAUGAGCGGUCUCUCUGCACGCCUUUUGCGAGGUGCUCAGCAAUGCGUUGCCCUCCUGUCCUGCUGUUUGUUAUGAUGACGCUCAUCAACAGCUAUAUGCCUUUCCAGCGGUACAGGCAAAAAGAGCUCACAAAAUGCUGUUCUCAUAAAAAUAGACCGGUACAGUAAAAUAGCUUGUGGGGGUGUGCUGCAAUCCUUUCAUCUUGCCUGUGUGCCACCCACGUUUUCCUUCUAACGAUUGCAAGCUUCACGCCCAAGUGCUUACGGGCAGUAAUGACGUGGGAACCAACGACUGCGUCGUCGCUGCCUCUCGCCUAUCUAAGCGUGGAGUCGCGCAACACAUGUAAAUAGUGUAUUAUAGUUGUGGGACCUUUGAUAAGCGUUUACACUGCCUUAUACAUAUUUUUAAGAUUGCUCGGACAGUCCCCCCACCCCCCUUUUGUUUUGCACUCGAGAGGCAUUUUAAGGUCGUGUCUGGUGCUGUUGCCAAAAAAAGCGUCCUCUUUGUUUUGAUGACAAUUUCCUCUUGUUUGCCCUGAGGUGCAAGAUGGAAUGAAUAAAAAUUGAUUGCCCCGAAA